UAAGAGCCGGAAUACGAGUGUACUUAGUAGACCUGUGAUUCGGUUUGACACAGUAACGUCAGUUUCUCGCACACGAUAUUUCUCUUUAAGCUGUUUUUAAAAAAAUAUCCCAAAAAACAUAAAACACACACCAACCACCGCACACCAAACACCAACCACACUUCAGACCGCAACCCCGUGCGAGCACGAUGAGCACCAACAAGAACCAAAGCUCGUUGAACAACAACAAAGUGACCACGGUGGUGGCCACUGCCGGAUAUGGUCCAGACAUCAUGAUCGAGAUAAGCUACACGGACAGCAAGGUAAUCGGCAACGGCAGCUUCGGCGUUGUUUUCCAGGCCAAAAUGUUGCCCAGCAACGACCAAGUGGCCAUCAAGAAGGUGCUCCAAGAUCGCCGCUUCAAGAACCGCGAGCUACAGAUCAUGCGCAAGCUCAAGCACUGCAACAUAGUGACCCUCAAGUACUUCUUCUACUCGAGCGGCGAGAAGCGCGACGAGGUCUACCUCAACCUGGUCAUGGAGUUCAUUCCGGACACGCUCUACAAGAUCGAGCGUCAAUAUGCGCGGGCCAAGCAGACGCUGCCGAUCAACUUCGUCCGUCUCUACAUUUAUCAGCUCUUCCGGAGCAUGGCCUAUAUCCACAGUUUCGGGUAUUGUCAUCGGGAUAUCAAGCCGCAGAACCUGCUUCUGGACACGGAGUCCGCGAUUCUCAAGCUGUGCGACUUCGGCAGCGCCAAGCAGCUGAUCGGUGGAGAGCCAAAUGUGUCCUACAUAUGCUCGCGCUAUUACCGCGCCCCCGAGCUCAUCUUUGGGGCGACCAAUUACACAACCAAAAUAGACAUGUGGAGCGCCGGCUGUGUGCUCGCUGAACUGCUGCUUGGACAGCUCUUAUUUCCGGGCGACUCGGGCGUCGAUCAGAUCGUAGAGAUUGUGAAGGUCAUGGGAACACCGACCAAUGAGCAGCUGCGCGAGAUGAAUCCCAACUACAAGCAAUUCAAGCUGCCCCAACUGAAGCCGCAUCCCUGGGCCAAAGUCUUCCGCAUACGCACCCCCUCCGAGGCCAUAGAUCUUGUGUCGAAGCUGCUCGUAUAUACGCCCAAUUCGCGUAUCUCACCCCUCAUGGCCUGCGCACAUCCCUUCUUUGACGAACUGCGUCAAGACCCGCACCAAACGCUCCCCAACGGACGCCCGCUGCCACCGCUCUUCAAUUUUACAGAGUAUGAGCGCAGCAUAGAACCAAAUCUGUUGCCGCUCCUGAUGCCGGGCACUCGCACCAGCCAGGGCCAGGCCACAGGCCAGAAGGACAUGUCGAACAAUCCACGCAAUGCGGCGGGCGAGGACAAGACCCCCAAGUCGAGUGGUCGUCCAUCUACCCCGGGACCGGAGCCACUCAAGGAUGCCGACAACACCCUCUGUUCGUUGGGGCAGCUUCGGGUGCCCAACGGCAACUGCCUCCUCAGACAUGAGUUGGGCAAUGGGGAUCAUGUCGAGAUCGAUGCUGAUGGCGACUGCUUAGGGGUAGUGGAGGAUGCGCAAGCGGACAUGGAAUUCGUUGUGGGUGGUGGCGAGGAAGCUGCGGACGACGACGAACUGGGCGGGACAAGACAGUUCAAUAGCGGAAGCAGUUGCAGCGAUGUCGACGACGAAGAUGACGAGGACCCAGACGAUGAUGAUGACAACGACAACGACGACGAGGAUGAAGACGACGACUAGGACACGCACAAACACGCACACAGACCCAAUCAAAGAAUACACAUUCGAUUCAAGUGGAUCACAUUGCAUUCAAUUUUAAAUGGAAUGCAAAUCACUUUCGUUUUCCAACCUAAAGCGCGUCCUAUUUAAUAAUGGCCGCCUAUUCCUGAACUCGACAAUUGAUGAAAGCAAUAAAAAUUUCCCGUAAACCUAA